AUGGCGAAUGCGAGCCCCCAAAAUGUUAUCCGCAGGAAGCUGGUCAUCAUUGGAGACGGUGCGUGCGGCAAGACCAGUCUUCUGAGUGUCUUCACCUUGGGCUACUUUCCCACUAUCCCUACCGUAUUCGAGAACUACGUGACCGAUUGCAGGGUGGAUGGAAAGAACGUACAGCUUGCGUUGUGGGAUACAGCUGGCCAGGAAGAUUACGAGCGUCUACGACCUUUGGCAUACUCCAAAGCCCAUGUUAUCUUAAUAGGGUUCUCGGUCGACUCCCCCGACUCACUUGACAACGUCAAGCACAAGUGGGUUGAAGAAGCUACCCGCCUCUGCGCCGGUGUUCCCAUCAUCCUCGUUGGUCUCAAGAAGGAUCUUCGCGAGGACCCCGUGGCCAUCGAGGAGAUGCGAAGGAGAUCACAGCGAUUCGUCACGAGCCAUGACGGCGAGGUAGCCGCGCGCGAGGUCGGUGCCAAGCGGUAUCUUGAAUGCUCGAGCUUGAGUGGUGAAGGCGUGGACGACGUGUUUGAGGCAGCCACGCGUGCGGCCCUCUUGACGUUUGAGAAGGGUGAGGGCGGAGGUUGCUGCGUUGUUCUGUGA